AGGGGGGAGUAUCUCUCAGCCCGCAUGUGAGAGGAGCCGGGGAGAGAGGGAGCUGCUGCUGCUACUGUAGACCUCAGCUGCUGCCUGGGAAGCGCAGACGGGAGGACGCGGAGGGAGUGAGGCGCUACCUAUGCAGGAGGGCAUGACACGGGCGCUGCCACCGGAGCCGGAGAGAAGAGCGUAGAGCAGGAACUGGGGAGGACGGGGAAGGAAGGAGCCGCCAGCUUUCCAGCCCGGGCAUGACUGAGUGAUUCCCCACAGGGAGAUACGCUAGGAAUAUAGAUUGGCCCUGUGGAUCUCCUCUGUCCCCCGCUUGGGGCUCCCAUCCAUGUGGAUUACCCCACUGCCAGUGUGAGGCUGGGGCAGCAGCCCAGGAGGAAGAUGCCGAGAACCAUGUAAAGAACACUCAAAUUCUUGGAAGCAGUGAAUACCAAAGAGAGCUUGGGUUUCAUCUCUCAGUUCACCACCAUGGAACGGCAGAGAUUACAGGUUUGGACAGAGAAAUCUCUCCAUUUCCACAGUCGAGCAGCCUCUGUGGUCUUGCUGGUUUUGACCAUGUUGUCUCUAGAUGUUCCUGUUGUUUCCCUCAUCAACACAUUUCACGCUGAACAAAGGGAUUGGACCUUUAGUCAUCUGACUGUGCACCAAAGCACAGGUGCUGUAUAUGUUGGUGCAGUGAAUCGGAUCUACAAGCUGUCAGGAAACUUGACCCUCUUGGUUUCUCACAAUACCGGACCUGGAGAGGACAACAAAUCCUGUUACCCUCCCCAGAAUGUUCAGCCAUGUAGUGAACCUCGUACGUUGACCAACAAUGUGAACAAACUGCUAAUUAUUGAUUACUCAGAGAACCGGCUGCUGGCUUGUGGUAGUUUGUAUCAGGGUGUAUGCAAGCUCCUCCGUCUAGAUGAUCUUUUUAUUUUGGUUGAACCGUCUCAUAAGAAAGAGCACUACCUGUCUAGUGUCAAUGAUACUGGUACAAUGUAUGGAGUGAUUGUUAAGACUGAAGGCCAGGAUGGCAAACUAUUCAUUGGAACUGCAGUAGAUGGCAAACAGGAUUAUUUCCCAACUCUUUCAAGUCGUAAACUGCCCAGGGAUCCUGAAUCAUCGACAAUGUUGGAUUAUGAGCUCUAUAGUGACUUUGUGUCAUCACUUAUCAAGAUCCCAUCCGAUACUCUUGCCUUGAUCUCCCAUUUUGAUAUUUUUUAUAUCUACGGUUUUGCCAGUGGUAACUACGUUUAUUUUCUCACUGUGCAACCAGAAAGUCCAGAAGGUAUUUCUAGCAAUUCAGCAAAUGACCUAUUCUACACUUCUCGAAUUGUGCGAUUAUGUAAGAAUGACCCAAAAUUCCACUCUUACAUAUCUCUACCAAUUGGAUGCACCAAGAACGGGGUGGAAUAUAGACUAUUGCAAGCUGCCUAUGUUACCAAACCAGGUGUCACGUUAGCUAGGUCUCUGAAAAUCUCCGUUCAGGAUGAUGUACUUUUUGCCAUCUUCUCCAAAGGUCAAAAGCAGUAUCAUCACCCACCUGAUGACUCUACCCUCUGUGUCUUUCCCAUUAAGACAAUCAACGCUCUUAUUAAGGAACGACUGCAAUCUUGUUACCAGGGCGAAGGAAACCUGGAGCUAAACUGGCUUCUAGGAAAGGAUGUUCAAUGCACGAAAGCACCAGUGCCUAUUGAUGAUGAUUUUUGCGGUUUGGACAUUAACCAACCCUUGGGAGGACUGAACUUAGUUGAAGGUGUUACCCUGUACACAGAGAGCAGAGACAGAAUGACAUCACUGGCUUCAUAUGUCUACAACAACUACAGCGUGGUAUUCGUGGGAACCAAAAGUGGCAGGGUAAAGAAGAUUCGGGCAGAUGGUCCUCCGCAUGGUGGCAUUCAGUAUGAAGUUGUUCCAGUGAUGAGAGAUGGAAGUCCCAUCCUUAGAGACAUGGCAUUUUCCAUGGACAACAAAUACCUUUAUAUCAUGUCGGAGAAACAGGUUUCGAGAGUCCCAGUUGAGUCAUGUGGGCAAUAUACAACAUGUGGCGAGUGUCUGAGUGCUGGAGAUCCACAUUGCGGCUGGUGUGUGUUGCAUAACAUGUGUUCCCGUAAGGAUAAAUGUGAACGAGCAGAGGAGCCAUUCCGGUUUGCAGCUAACAUAGAACAGUGUGUUAAGGUUACCAUACAACCCAACAGCCUUCCGGUGUCCGAGCACAGCCUGCCGCUUACUUUGGAAGUCAGUGAUGUCCCAGAUUUGUCUGCUGGUGUGACUUGCUCCAUUGGUAACAUUACUCGGGUUGAAGGACAAGUAUCUGGCAAUCGUAUUGUCUGUAUUUCUCCAGCAGCAAAAGAUGUUCCCAUAAUCCCUGCAGAUCAAGACUGGUUUGGGGUGGAGCUUCAGCUGAUCUCAGAAGAGACUGGCAAGACAUUUGUGAGCACAGAUUUCAAAUUCUACAACUGCAGCGGUCACCAACUCUGCUUAUCCUGUGUGAAUAGUGCAUUCAGGUGCCACUGGUGCAAAUACCGCAACCUCUGCACCCACGAUCCAACUACCUGUUCCUUUCAGGAGGGCCGUGUCAACGUCUCUGAGGAUUGCCCACAGCUAGUGCCCACUGAAGAGAUCUUGAUCCCAGUUGGGGAGAUUAAGCCGAUCACACUGAAGGCCAGGAACCUACCCCAACCACAGUCAGGGCAGCGGGGUUAUGAGUGUGUGCUAAACAUACAGGGUGUGCUACACCGUAUGCCUGCUCUUCGCUUCAACAGCUCCAGCGUCCAAUGUCAGAACAGUUCGUAUUCCUACGAGGGGAUGGAUAUCAGUGACCUACCUGUGGAUUUCUCUGUUGUCUGGAAUGGGAAUUUUAUCAUUGACAACCCACUUGAUAUCAAAGUUCACCUGUACAAGUGUGCUGCUCAAAGAGAAAGCUGCGGUCUGUGUCUGAAAGCUGAUCAGAAGUUUGAGUGUGGCUGGUGCAGUGGGGAAGGCCACUGUACUUUGCACCAUCACUGUGCCUCCUCUCACAACCAGUGGCUGGACUGGUCCAGCAGGAAUGUCAAGUGCACCAACCCACGAAUCACUGAGAUUGUCACUGUUUCUGGACCCCCUGAAGGAGGCACUCGAGUCACUAUACUUGGAGUGAACCUAGGCCUGGACUUUUCUGAGAUUGCCCACAGUGUAGUGGUGGCUGGAGUGCAGUGCACGCCUGUGGAGGAGGAAUACAUCAUUGCAGAGCAAAUUGUGUGUGAAAUGGGUCCGGCGUCCGCUACGUCAAGCUCCGGCCCAGUGCUCCUCUGCAUUGGAGAGUGUAAACCAGAGUUCAUGGCUAGAUCCCUGCAGCAGUACAGCUUUGUGAAUCCAACUGUAUCCUACCUUAGUCCCAGCCGAGGCCCUGAAUCCGGUGGGACCAUGAUAACUAUCACUGGCCACAAUCUUGGGGCUGGAAGCACUGUUUCAAUUCUGCUUGGAAACCAGACUUGCGAAUUUUAUGGGAGGUCUCUUAAUGAAAUAGUUUGUGUGUCAGCUCCUUCAACGCACGGUCUGGGUCCAGUCCAUGUAUUUGUCAGUGUGGACAGAGCCCAGCUAGAAAGCAGCUUGCAGUUUGAGUACAUCGAUGACCCAAAGGUGCUGCGCAUCGAACCUGAAUGGAGCAUUGCCAGCGGUCACACAUCACUAACUGUCACUGGCACCAACCUGGACAUCAUACAGGAACCAAGAAUCCGAGUAAAGUACAACGGGAAGGAAUCUGUGAAUGUGUGCAAGGUUGUUAAUGCUACGUGUCUGACAUGCUGGGCUCCAGCUCUUACACCAGAGUAUCGCCCUGGGCUGGAUGCUGUGGAGAGGCCAGAUGAGUUUGGCUUCAUCUUCAAUAAUGUGCAGUCACUACUGAUGUUCAAUAACACAAAGUUCAUCUAUUACCCCAACCCAACCUUCGAGCUCCUCAGCACCACGGGCAUCCUCGAGCAGAAACCUGGUUCUCCAAUAAUAUUGAAGGGGAGAAAUCUGUGUCCACCUGCACCAGGUGGGGUGAAGCUGAAUUACACGGUCCUGAUUGGGGAAACGCCAUGCGCUGUCACCGUCUCGGAGACACAGCUGCUUUGUGAGUCACCUAACCUGACCGGACAGCACAAAGUGACUGUCCACGUUGGAGGCAUAGUCUUCUCUCCUGGUUCCGUGAACGUGAUUUCAGACAGUCUCUUGACACUACCCGCCAUUGUCAGCAUAGCUGCUGGUGGAAGCCUCCUCCUUAUCAUUGUCAUUAUUGUGCUAAUUGCUUAUAAACGCAAGUCCAGAGAGAAUGACCUCACCCUAAAGCGGCUGCAGAUGCAGAUGGACAACCUGGAAUCUAGAGUAGCCCUUGAGUGCAAAGAGGCUUUUGCAGAGCUGCAGACUGAUAUCAAUGAAUUAACUAGCGAUUUGGAUCGCUCAGGAAUCCCUUAUCUGGAUUAUCGUACCUAUGCCAUGCGGGUGCUCUUUCCUGGGAUAGAAGAUCACCCUGUGCUUCGGGAACUGGAGGUGCAAGGCAAUGGGCAGCUGAGUGUGGAAAAGGCACUGAAACUCUUUACUCAGCUGAUCAACAACAAGGUUUUUCUGCUGACUUUCAUCCGCACCCUGGAGAUGCAACGUAGUUUCUCCAUGCGUGACAGAGGAAACGUGGCCUCACUCAUCAUGACAGCCCUGCAAGGGAAGCUGGAAUAUGCCACAGAUGUCCUGAAACAGCUGCUUUCCGACCUGAUUGAGAAGAACUUAGAGAACAAGAAUCACCCUAAGCUGCUACUGCGCAGGACCGAGUCUGUGGCAGAGAAAAUGCUGACUAACUGGUUUGCUUUUCUUCUGCAUAAGUUCCUCAAGGAGUGUGCUGGGGAGCCCCUCUUCAUGUUACACUGUGCUAUAAAGCAACAAAUGGAGAAAGGACCUAUAGAUUCAAUCACUGGAGAAGCCCGCUACUCACUGAGUGAAGAUAAAUUGAUUCGGCAGCAGAUUGAAUACAAAACACUGAUCCUGAACUGUGUGAACCCUGACAAUGAGAACAGUCCAGAGAUCCCGGUGAAGGCAUUAAACUGUGAUACUAUCACUCAGGUCAAGGAAAAGAUCUUGGAUGCAGUGUAUAAAAAUGUGCCAUAUUCUCAGAGGCCGAGAGCCGUAGACAUGGACUUGGAGUGGAGACAAGGACGCAUAGCAAGGGUCGUCUUACAAGAUGAAGACAUCACAACUAAGAUAGAAGGAGACUGGAAGAGGCUCAACACACUUAUGCACUACCAGGUUUCAGAUCGUUCAGUGGUGGCUCUUGUCCCCAAACAAACAUCAUCAUACAACAUCCCAGCUUCUGCAAGCAUAUCCCGAACCUCCAUUAGCAGAUACGAUUCCACAUUCCGCUAUACAGGCAGCCCUGAUAGCCUCCGUUCUCGUGCUCCCAUGAUCACUCCGGAUCUGGAGAGUGGUGUUAAAGUCUGGCACUUGGUAAAAAAUCAUGAACAUGGAGAUCAGAAAGAGGGUGAUCGGGGGAGUAAGAUGGUUUCAGAAAUCUACCUGACACGGCUGCUAGCCACCAAGGGAACACUACAGAAGUUUGUGGAUGACCUGUUUGAGACGUUGUUCAGUACGGUACACCGUGGGAGUGCCCUACCUCUUGCUAUAAAGUACAUGUUUGAUUUUCUGGAUGAACAGGCAGACAGACACAGCAUCUAUGAUACAGAUGUAAGGCACACAUGGAAAAGCAACUGCCUACCACUCCGGUUUUGGGUGAAUGUCAUUAAGAAUCCGCAGUUUGUGUUUGACAUCCACAAGGGCAGUAUCACAGAUGCCUGCUUGUCUGUUGUGGCACAGACGUUCAUGGACUCUUGUUCCACCUCGGAGCACCGGCUAGGGAAGGAUUCCCCCAGCAACAAGCUUCUCUAUGCCAAGGACAUCCCCAACUACAAGAACUGGGUAGAGAGGUAUUAUGCCGACAUUGCCAAGCUCCCAGCCAUCAGCGACCAGGACAUGAAUGCCUACCUCGCAGAGCAAUCUCGCAUGCACGCAUCUGAGUUUAAUAUGCUAAGUGCAUUAAACGAGAUCUACUCUUAUGUCAGUAAAUACAGUGUGGAGCUAAUCACAGCCUUGGAACAGGAUGAACAGGGGCGCCGACACCGCUUAGCCUACAAAGUGGAACAGCUGAUAGGGGCCAUGAGUUUUGACAGCUGAAUUUCAGUGCAUCCCCUUAAACACAGAAAGGGGAUAGACUCGUGGCAAAGACUCUUAUGACAGAGAGCUGCAGGCUUCCAUGGAAAUUCCUUGCAACUGUGAAAACACGCAUAAAGAGUCAGUACUGUAGGUAUUACUGUGGAAUACCUUGCAGAACGAGGAAAGCAGCCAAACCAGCUCCACACUCACCAUUCCUCCUGAGAACCUGAAGACGUCACCUGAGUUUCCACAAGCCCAGCAGGUUGCUGAUUGCAUGUUGUAUGUAAAUUAAGAGACUGCAUAACCGGAAAAGACUCAAUUCCUCUCUCUUUGUUGGUUUGGUUGUUUGUUUGUUUAGCUUGUUUUCUCUUCAAAGGACUCAUAUUUUUAGUAUUAUUUAUUGCUUUUUGGGAAGGGCGUGAAAAGGGGGAAGAGUACAUUAUUUUUCAUCCCUAUAUGAGAAACAGAAAGGGAAUUUUUCAUAGAUUUCAGUUCUUAGAGAGCCACUCUUGGCAUAUUUUGCACUGGUUCAAUGAUGACUUUCAAGAGUUGAAAACAGAACUGUGGAACUCUGCAACAAUGUACAUCCACAUCUGGUUGGUCUACCAGAGGACUUGCGCUCCCAUCAGCUGUCUAAUAUGAAGCAGUACCGAAGGUCAAUUCAAAUUCACCAGCUAUUUCAAUUAUGUAUUUCUCAUAUCAAGAGGCAUGUGUCCAUUAAGCCAGUGGGAUGAGCCCUUAGCUUUUUUAAGAACCUGUAACAAAUUCCAUUGCUCUCUGUAUUUAAACUGUGGCCUAGAGCUAUUAGUAGAAGGUCUUGAGAUCCAUGAAAAUACUCCUAAUCGGUUUGGUUGUAAGAGAGUAUAGUGUGCAUUAUUAGUGUAUCAAACUGAUUUCAGAUUAUUCAGAAGAAAACAGCAUUAUACAUUUCACAAAAAAUGCCAUAUUACCAACCCUCUGUUGAAUAUAGUAUAUUGAAAGCAUUAUAUUUGUCUACCAGUUUACAUUGCACAAAUCCUUACGAUCUCCAGCCUUCAUGACCAAAAACGACAUUAAUGGUAAUAUUAAACAUGUAGGUUAUUAUAGUAACACUACGCAUGUUGCUUAGUGGCGUAUAUUGCGGAUUAGGCUAUACAAAGAUCAUAAAUUCAUUACUAGUCAGUAGAUUUAAAUAUCAGAGUUCAUGCAUAGUGUUUUAGGCAGGGAUAAUAUGUAACAUAGACAAUAAAUAUAUAUGAAAGCCUACUGUCCUCUUGUAAUCCCAUUGGUUUUAUUGCAAUCUUUGCAGAUCAGGGAAUCCAUGGACCUUAUGUUUUUAUUGUAAUACUAAGGCCAUGUAAUCAUAGGCAUUUAUAUAUAUUUAUGAUAUGUCUCAUUAAAAUGAAAAGUGAACGUAACUAGAUAUAGACUUAAAAUUACUGAAUAGACUUUCAAUUUACUUCUGAAGAUUUCCUGCGCUGUUCUGUAUCAUAAAAGGCCAAUUUUACAGCUGGCAAAGUUAUGUGAAGCAUUAAUGACAUUGUGCCAAACAAACAAUCAUACAAUGGCUUUGUAUUUCAUCUGAGUUACUAUAACAAUACCAAUGUACUGGCUGUGGAGUUUAUGUAUCAUUUAGCUAUGUGCCAAUGUGGUAGUAAGUGGAUUUUGGUACAGAGCAGUAUUGAGCCUUGACUACCAUUGAAAACUGUUAUUUUUGUAAUUAAUAAAAAAAAACACCUAGAAUUUAAGGUAUAUGUCUCUUACAGAUGACAAGGUGGAUUAAAUCUUUUCAUUGUGCUCCAUGGUGUCCUAGCUAGAGAUUGUAACUCUGUAAUAUCAUAAAAAUGCGCUGGCUCAUUUAAAUUCAGAUUUUACAGUUUUGCAAUGCAAAUGUGUUUUAUGAUCAUUGCAAUUUAGUUUUUUUUAUUUAUCCUAAACACACUUAAAACUGCAGGGUUUUUGUUUCACGUCGUCUUACAAUUUUCUCCUUUUGUCUAUAAACAGACUACUUCUACCUGUUAAAAUAAGAUGUCUUAAAUAAAAUAGCCGGCAGAACAAAGCCAUACAGUUUAGGGUAUGUCUGAGAAAAGUCCAAUAAUCCUUGCCAUGAUCUCAAAAUACAUUUGGAUAUUAUUGUGUUUUUACUCAAAUAUUAAGAUCCCAUCUAAGAUCGUAAUUUCCAGGAGCUAUGGCUAUCACUGAUAUGAGCCACCUGUGUCAUUCCAGAUGACCAGUGCAGGCCACACGUGGUAAAGUACUGUGAUAUCACUGACAAUAUUUUCCUGCUAUCGCCAUAACAACAGCAAUGUACGUGAAUGAUCCAUGCAUAAUCAAUUUAAUUCUUUUUGUUCAUGCCUGCCAAUCUUGUUCUCAGAUUAGCUCUAUCUACAUGUGUGAGCAGUCAUUUGGUGAUAAUACUAACAUGGCUAUGUGAUUUGCCUGCUCGGCUGAACUUGUCCAAAUAGCCACAUUGUGCGGCUUGGGCCUGAGUAGCAGGUCUGUCAGCUCAAGUAACAAAAUAUAAAACAAACUAGAAACCACUGCGCACUCACUGGGACUUAUCAAGAAUGCGUCACCAUACACAUCACAAUAACAUGAAGCAUAAAUAUAGGAAUAAUACCCUAAGUGGUUGUCUUGGUAGAAGGUCCUUGUUGGAAUAAUUACCAGUGCAAAACAGGCAACAGAUAAUUCAAAAUAUAUACAUGACACUGUGGGCGGUAUUCAAUUCUUUUCACCCCCUUCCACAGCCAUUCUGUUUCUGCUGACGGGCAUGGUAUAAUCUUUUCGGCUCGCAACCUCCAGGGUAGCAUGGGUGCCCAACCCUUUACACAGCUAAACGUAAUUACUAUGGGCGCAAUAUGUGCGAUAAUGGGGAUCACUUUAGAAAGGAGAUUGGACGUGAUAUAUCAUUUGAAUACCGCCCUUUAUGUUGUAUGUACAGUAUCAUUAAAGUGACUUCAUGCAGCAUGCACCAAUGAGGAACACUCCAGUGUGAAUUUACAUUAAUAUAACUUGGUGCCACACCACCCAAAAAAAUCUUUAAAAGAGUGUACUCACACUUAAACAUUCUUCAUAUGAUAAAAAUAAGCAGUUAAUCCUUCUGAACGGUUCAAUAAUUUUAUUUACUUCCAUGCAGAAAUAGUUCAAACAUUUCAGAAAACAAUGAACACCAGUGAAACCAAUAUAAGCCCAUGCAUCUUGUGUACGACAUGUUGUAAGGCCACAAUGCCACUAACUCAACUCUGUUAAAUUAACACCUGGAUCUUCUGCUAUCCAGGUACCAUGUGUUCAGUGUAAUCAUAAGCAUUGCCCCCCAGGUCAUAUGUUUACAGCAGCCAUUACUUGAAAUAGCAUUGGAUAUUUAUUUUGUAUCUCUUUGUUUGUAAUUUUCGCUCUUGGCACACCUGCCUCGUGUAAUUUUGAUUGGUGGUUUAAGAAGGUCUGACGCAACAUUCCUUAACUUACUAACAUGUACAGUGCUAAAGUAGGUGUCACCUGUAAGUAGCUUCAGGGGAUCAGUGUUUCUAACAAAUUUUAAUAAUCAUCAUUACGUAAAAAAAAAAAUAUGUUUUAGUUAAUAGAAAUGUGUUUAUGUCUAUGGUACUGUUUAUGUACCUCCAGCAGAAUGUGACUAAUGCAACCCACUUUCAAAUGCAAUUUGCCAAUUCCCCACCUGCAGACCAAAGUCCCCUUUGACCUUCUGUCAUUCAGCCCACUUGUGCCCAACUAAGGUAUUGCUGGGCAAUACCUUACUGGCCGUUUGGGUAUUCAAAGGUUUUAUCUGUAUGUGAUGUUUGCAAUUGUUGACCUUGUACUUCAGCCUGUGCUACCCCACUUUGUCUCCUGCAUUCCAGAGUUUGUUAAACCAUAUGCCUUCUUGCCAAACACUUAUAUAAAGCAAAUAGUUACCGUAUUUUUGGUAGUUGAAUGAAAGUUAUACUGUAUUGUUUAUAUUCCAAUUAUGUCCGUUUAUCAAGAACUGUAGGUUUGUUAUAUUAACUCUGUUAUCUCCUUUUAGAAUUCUAUGCAGGUUGGAAUAACAUAGCUGACAAAAAAUGAAGGAAACUAAAAUGUAAGGUUGUGCCAAAAUCUGGACUGUUCAUUAUUCCAUAAACCUCUUUACUUUCCCACUGAUGAUAACACUUAUGUUUCUCAAUGUGUCACAUGAUAACCCAAACCACCCAAUCGGAUUGCAGAAUGUCAGGGCACCCAGCUCUCCAGUUCCACUGCACUUCUGUACGAUAAUUGUGUCUUUGUUUUUCCCUAUUAUUUUUUUUUUAUGUCUGCCUUGCUUCUUUUGUGUCAUUUUUACAGUUGUUGUGGGAAAAAAAAAUGUAAGAAAGUUUUAAUUAUUUAAAAAAUGUUCGGAGACAAAAAAAGUUUUGUUAUUAUUUUAAUAUAUUAUUGUGUACCUAUUGUAAAUAUGAAACACUCCUAUUUUGCAAGCCAAGGACCCACUUUGUACUAUUGUUAUAUAUAAAUAAAGUUUACUGGAAAAACA